ACAGACGAAUGUUAUGCUCGGUACCGGGGCGUUCAAGAGCGUAUACAAAGCAUAUGAUACCGAAGAAGCUCGGUCCGUCGCCUGGAAUGAGUUGAAGACGCAACACGAGAGAAAAGAAGACAUCGACGCCGUCAUACGCGAAGUACAACUGCUCAAAUCCAUGAAGCAUCCGUUUAUCCUGGACUGCUACGAAUGGUGGACGACGGCGGGGAAGGACUCUACCUCUAAAUCGAAGAAGAAAGGCAAUAUCGUCUUCAUUGCCGAAUACCUGACCGGCGGGACGCUCAAGCAGUACCUGCAACGGGCCAAGUCAAUCAAGCCGUCUGUGGUGCAGAAUUGGGCCAAACAAAUAUUAUCGGGUCUGGACUACCUGCACAAUUUGGAUCCCGCUGUGAUUCAUCGCGAUCUGAAGUGCGACAAUAUUUUCAUACAUAGUGAAACCAGUAGAAUCAAAAUAGGCGAUCUGGGGCUGGCGACGGUAAAAAGGGAUUCGCACAAGGAGUCGGUGAUAGGUACUCCUGAGUUUAUGGCGCCCGAGAUGUACGAUGAGCGGUACAACGAGAAGGUGGACAUAUAUGCCUUUGGCAUGUGUGUAUUAGAAAUGUUCACGUUGGAGUACCCAUAUAAGGAAUGUCGGACUGUGGCGGCAAUUAUGAAAAAGGUUCUGUCGGGAAUCAAACCCGAAUCCGUAGCCGAUGUCACUUGGCCGGAGGGUCGGGAUAUGAUCGACAAAUGUAUAGAAAAGGAUCCCAAUUUGCGACCCUCCACAAAGGAGUUGUUACAGCAUCCCUUCAUAACGAUGGAUACUUCGAGCGUCAUGGCCAAUGUAGCCGCUACCAACAGUAGCUCUAGUCUGACCAGUGACACAGCCCAAGCCUAUCAACAGCAACAGUUGCAACAACAACAGCAACUACAACAACACCUACAGCAGCAGCAACAGCUGGACUUACAGCAACCGCAACCGCCACAGCAACAGCAACCGCAACCGCCACAGCAACAGCCACAGCAGCCACCGGCGGACUCUCUGCCAGGCGACGAGAUCUCAUCGGAAAAUGCCACUCUAGGUGACAACGGCUACCCAGACGAGAUGUUCUACCUCGAAGAAGACGAGGCUCUGCGCAUGCAACAAGCGUACGAGGCUGUACAGUCCACCUCAGCUGUCAGUGAAGUGUCCUGUUUGGGCUUCGUGAAUGAAACCAAUGACAUCCUUCAGCUUAUGUUUGAAACGACAAAAGGCGCCGAGCGACGCGCUGUGCACUUUCCUUUUGAUCUGACUAAAGACACGGCCUUUGAUAUCGUUGAGGAGCUGAUUGAUGUGAACAUAAUCGACGAGGACGACAGUGCCAAGGUCAUAUCAGACAUCGAGCAAAUCGUGGAGUUGUCCAAAGCCAGAAUCCUGAGUGGCGCACCCCUGGUCAAUCACUACAACGACUAUCAAGCCACUUUGCCCGGGCCCCAAUCGCACGACCCGACCCAGGCCGAUAUGCCAGAGCUGCAUACGAGCAGCACAAGCGUACUCAGCAGCACCACAAAUGCCCCAAAGUCCCCCGCGCCGGAACAGGACACCACGCCCAUGCCACGGGCAAAUGCGAACCCAUCACAGCCGCCACAUCGGCCUCAGCCUCAGCCUCAGCCUCAGCCUCAGACCCAGCCCUCGCAACAGCAACCAUCGCUACGAUCAAGCUCUACGUCCCUGGCAAUGGGCCAACCCGGUUCGCGGGCGCGGAGCCAAAGCCCUGUGGAGGAGACGACUCAGACUCAGGCCCAAGCCUUUCACCAGCAGCAGCUGCAACGGGAACACCAGGCAGCGCAAGAGCAGCAACGGCUGCACAACGAGCUGCUGCUGCAGGCACAGCAGCACCAGGCCAAUGAACAGCGCCAUGCCCUGGAACAGGCCCAGGCACGCCGACUGGCCCAGGCACCAGGACAGGGACAAGUACAGGGGCAGUAUGCGCAGGAGCAGCCACAUGCACUGGCUCAGUCGCCCAGGCAGCCGACACGGACACAGCAGUACCAGCAUCAUGCACAGGGCGCCGCCCAGCUGCCGCCAGCACCUGUCGCGCCUCACGCGGGGCCGCAGAUGCACCACUUUCAGAGCGAAACAGGACACGGGGGCAGUCACACACCACCACAGUACUCGACCCAGCCACAACACACGCAGUCGAGGCAGCAGACGGCCCUACAGUCACAGGGACAAGCCUCGAGUGGACAGCCGCAGGGGAUGCCCCAGCAGUACACGCAGGUGCAAACGCAGCCACAGCAACCACAGCACACGGGGCAAGGGCAACCGUCCCAGAUACCGGUCCAAAAACGGGCCAAAGGUCAAAGUCAAGGUCAUGGGCUGAAUCCAGGACAGGUGCAGGGGACUCAUGGGGUGUCGAACUCGCAGUCGCAGCCGUUGCUGGGGGGUAUGCAGGCGAGUACUUAUGCGAACCCAGAUGUCAACACAAAAUCUAGUUCCAAUUUACCUUCAGGGCCGAAUAUGGGCUCACCCGCAGGCGCCACUAUAAACAACGGGAGAAUCACGCCCAAUAACAUACAAGCGACGGCACAGAGAGGGGCUUCUCACGGAACACCCCACCCACAGCAACCACCACAACAUAUACAACAACAGCAACAGCAACAGCAACAGUAUCUGCCACAACAGCACUUCCAAAAACCGCUAUCACCACAUUCACAACCGCAACACACGCAAGCACAGCCUCAGCGCCAACCACACGCACCUGCGGCUGAGAGCACGCCGGUUCUUAGCGAUCAAGGGUCGCUGGAUCGCGAAUUCUGGGAGUUGAAAGAGCGACAGAAGAAACAGUUGGCAGCGAUCGAGGCCUCCCAUCAGCAGGAGAAAGCCGAGUACCAGCGCAAACGGCAGAUGAUGCGUGAGAAGCAGCAGGGGUCAGAAGGCGCCAUACCCACAGCACCGGCCAGCCAACCACUGCCACGGCCAGCCCUGCCCCCGAAUGUUUCGGGUGUACCCAAAACCCCAGCGAAUUCGGUGCAGAACUUGACCUCACAGUACCCCGCGGGGAGUGCGGCCACGGGCGGACAGGUGGGCGCUGGAGAGGACAUUCGGCCCAGGAAACCAAAGGCGACCAACUCAACUGCGAUGCUGGCCAAGUCAAAUGUGACGUCUAUGGUAGACACCGCUCUGCUCUCUAAUGUCAGCGAGUUGGAGCUCAACUGCGGCCCAGGUGCCGAGGGAUCCAACAACCCGAAUCGGCGGUCCUACCGCAAGCCCCCCAAUUCUCAGCCAAUGCAACAAAUGGGCCGCAGCACCACCAUGGGUACUAUUCAACAGAACACCACGCCGCAACAACUUGCACUCGCACACGCACACGAUGCAGGAGGUGCGGGCAACGGCACCAACAACAAAACGAGCCUAGCAGCAAAGAAGACCAACUUAAGUGGUACUAUGAGCGGUGGGUUGAGCUCAGAGAAUGUACUUGGCCCGGUUGUGGGGGGUGUGAGAAAUUACACGCAGCCCGCUACACCCACGUCGUCAGCCGAGGCUCUGCAACUCAGGGCGUUUGCGAGUUCGGCGAACGAUAUGAAGCCGCCUGCGGCGACGGUGAACGCGCACGCUGGGCCGUUGACUGGGGCACAGCUGUAUAGUAGCAACGCGUACGCCUCUCAGCCUGCGUUAGUGGGGACAGGCAUGCAGUCGCCUAAGGUCCAGACAACCCAACAGCCUAUGCAGCAAAGCACACAGGCACAGACACAGAUCGCCCAGGCGGCUACGGUACUCACGGCACAACAGCAGCAAUAUAUACAGCAACAACAGUACUUACAACAACAACAGCAGCAGCAGCAGCAGCAUCACCAACAACAGCAGCAAAUACACCAGCACCAGCAAUGGCAACAAGAACAAACGAAGCAACAGCAGGCGCAAGGGCAGCAGCUGUAGUACGACACACGGUGAUGGACAAUCGCUUGCGUUGUCUACACGAAGACAAGACCCCCCCUCACCCCACCACCACCACAGCC